GUUACGGGAAAACAAUUGUGUGUGUGUCAUGCUGAUCUUGAUGCCCACUCAGCCUACCCUGGGGUCUAUUCUUCCUAUUGUAUACUUUAUAUCGAUGGCGCGGAAAAGGCCGAUUCUGAAGAUAAUCAUUCUUGGUGAUAGCGGGGUCGGGAAGACCUCGCUGAUGAACCAGUUCAUCAACAAGCGCUUUACCAACCAAUAUCGCGCGACCAUCGGAGCUGAUUUUUCAACUCAGGAAGUGACGGUUGAUGACAAGGUGGUGACUUUGCAGAUAUGGGACACUGCCGGACAGGAGCGCUUCCAAAGUCUUGGGAAGGCUUUUUACAGAGGAGCAGAUUGUUGUAUGCUUGUGUAUGAUACUACCAACCAGAAGACAUUUGAAAGUAUUGAGAGUUGGAAGUCUGAGUUUUUGAUUCAAGUUGAACCUAAGGACCCUGAGUCGUUCCCUUUUGCUUUAAUUGGGAACAAGGUUGACGAUGUUGCCAACCGUAAGGUGAGCGCCAACAAGGCGACUAAUUGGUGUAAGGCCAAUAACGACAUUCCUCACUUUGAAACUAGUGCCAAGACCGCGCAAAACGUUGCUGCAGCAUUCAUGGAGAUCGCAAAGAAGGCAGUGAUGCGCGAUACUCAGGACGAUGAGAUUUAUAUUCCUGAUACUCUCUUGUUGGACCAGAGGCAUGUGCAACAUACGGGCAACAACUGCUCCCGUGGCGUUGGUAGCAUACUAGGCUGUGAUGGUUGAGUCCAUAUUAAUUGGACUUUAUCACGAAUAAUA